AUGGCGGAUAUUCUUCACGAGAAGGCCUUCCCCAAGCAGGGUGCCGUAUCACUAGUUGGUCGCGUUGGUCGCAAGAACGGCAGGUGGUUCCGCAACGUCGGUCUCGGCAUCAAGACCCCUCGCGAGGCGAUCGAAGGCACUUACGUUGACAAGAAGUGCCCAUUCACCGGGAAUGUAUCUAUUCGCGGACGUCUGUUUCGUGGUGUCGUUGUUUCCACCAAGAUGAAGAAGACUGUCAUCGUGCGCAGGGAUUACCUGCAUUGGAUCCGGAAGUACAAGCGAUUCGAAAAGCGUCACCGCAACAUCCCCGCUCACGCCUCCCCCUGCUUCCGCUUGCGCGAAGGCGACCAGGUUACAAUCGGACAGAACCGCCCAACCUCGAAGACGAAGCGUUUUGCCGUUCUGAAACUUGAUCGUGCAGCGCCUUCAGCGGACGGCAAGAAGAUUUUCGCAGGUCUCUAAACUGUCAAAGCGUUAUGUCACAUACGGUGUAAAGGACGGUUUACUUUUGCACCAUGCUGGAUGUUUGUGCGAUGUGCGUAGAUAGGAUCGCGGCUCUCCAAUGCGGGAUUACAUGCUUUUAUGCACGUGUCGUUCGCCACAAUUUAUGCCCCUCACGAUGCGUUGCGAUUCCUCGCUACUCCUGUUAGCGAUCCUCGUUCGGAGGAGACGAAUUUCGAUGCGCGUUUUGCGCACCGGUCUCUCGUCUGGAUAUUGCGGAGGUUGCUUGCUAUUUAGUGGCGUAGACAGACCAGUACUCUCAUAGUUCUUGUUCGUUUCUUUCACGCGAUCGAGUCUCCAUGAGUCCAACAUUAUAAAACUUCAUAGCAAGAUCGAA